AUGAUUUUGGUGGAUAUUUUGGAAUCUUCAAAACCUUCAUCGAAUUAUCAGCUGGUGCCACGGGAAACCUUUGUUGGCGGACGCAACUGUGGCACUCCCAUCCAUGCAGACCGUUCAUUCCACAGAAACUAUAAUCUACCGGCCAAAGUGAUACCCAGCAAAGGUUAUGCUUAUAUAUACUCUGGCUUUGAGGGAAUACAGAAAACACACUAUGAGGUGCUAGUGAAUCAAAGCUAUGCGCGUGUAACUUCCUACGGGGGUUCGGUGACCAUCAACGCUGGAGGCGGUGGUACCAUAUCCAAUGGUGAGCCAUUAUACAUACAAGUAGAUCGUUGCACUUAUGCCAACAGUUUAACCGUUGAUAAAAUACAUCCAUCAAAUGGCUGUUUGUAUAAACCGGUUGGAGGUAAAGUAGUGCGUUUUCACUGAAGUAAAGUGCAGAUCAGAAAGGCCGAUACCAAUACAUAUUAAUGUGUCUAUAAGUGUCGAGUAUUAGACAUUGUUUUAUAUCUGGUGGAGUUGAGAGAAACUGCGACAGUGUCAGUGAGCACAAAUAUAAAGACACCCACUGAGGACUAUGGAACCUUACAUUUUCACAAUAUUUUUAUUCUAUCGUGAAACAAACUAUUCUGUGCUUUUAUAUUCAUUUUAAAUAUAUUACGGGUUCAAGAAGUAUAUUGGAUCCAAUAGACCUUAACUUUAGUGGACUUAAUAUAACAAAAUAAAAACCUUUA